UAUUACCAGUUGGAACUACUAGCGUUAAUUAUUUCAACACAUAAUAUUUACACAAAUGAGGAUUGGUCUCUUACCAGGAAAUGUCCUGUAGAUGCUGAUACAGUAACUAAUACACUGAAUAGUACCACAAAUAACAACAAUCCUAAAGUUCUUCCUGAUAUGAAUAUUAGCCAGAUCAUUUAUUUGUUUAAAAGGAAUUAUCCUACAGUUGUUCGAGAGCAACAGGAAUUGAUCUUUGAUACUUUGACUCAAGGAUCUGAUUCAGUUAGAAAUUAUUAUAGAAAGAUAAACAAAUAUGCUAGCUGGGUGAGAAUAUUUGAUCGUAAAAAAAGAAUACAAUUUAUACGUGAUUUGUCUCCUGAAAAUAAGUUGGAAAUGAAGCGACUGAGUUUAAACAAACCUUUAAAUAAAUUGAUUGAAACAUUGGAAGAGAUUGAAAUGAAAGGAAUAAUUUGCUUCUGA